AUGCCUGACGACUCUCCCUCAGCAGAGAUCCCCUCUCUCUCAUCUCUACACAUCUCCGACGCGACCGAGAACAUGCAGCAAGAGGACAACAGCGCUCUCUCCGUCAUGGCGGACCAAGCAGCCAACUCGUCGCCACCCAAAUCGUCUAUGUACCCCGAACUCCACAACUACGUCGCUGAGAGCCUCGACGAAGAUGGCCUGGUAUACUCAUUCCGGGAUCACGACAAAAAGGUCGACAUCAAGCGCCAAUACGACACCAAGACCAUCGGAGAGUUUGUCUGUGACAAUAAAGCUUGGUGUUCCCAUCACUGGCAUAGCAACUCUAUCGCCAUCACCAUUCAGGAGUAUGAAGACAAGUCAUACAAUGUCGUCGUGUACCACCAGCUCUGCAGCAAAUGCAAGAGGUCGACCCGUGCAACACUUGACAAACUCUGUUACUCAGACAGAGUUGCGUACCGACUUAAGAAAUGGAAUGGUAUCCAUGCCAAACAGCUCGUCCGGGAGGUGGAGUCCAAGGGAGAUCACAAGGAGAAAUUGUGCGAGGGCUGCAUCAAAGGCCUCUGCAGCAAGAAGAAAUCGUCAGCUAAACGCUUUUUUUGA